AUGUCUGAUAGCCCCGCCAAACCCGCUGCUAAUAGCGGGUCUGGCUCUGCCGCGGCCUUUGGGAAGCCGCCGGAGUCACCAACAGCAUCAAAGGAUGUGACAAGUCCCGGGGAUUUGCAGCAAGGCCCUGCCGAUGAACCAGACCACCCUCACCUCGAAAUCGAUCACGACGAGGGCACCGAAGACAACUAUGAUGCCGACUCGGCUUACGUCUCCCUAGACGGCUCAUCCCGCACCGGAUCCAUCACCUCGUCCAUCACAAACUAUAUCUAUGAGAACGGUCGUCGGUACCAUGCCUAUCGCUCGGGGCAGUAUGUCUUGCCCAACGACGAGGACGAACAAGAGCGCCUUGAUCUCCAACACCACAUUUGGCUUCUCCUGCUCCAUGGAAGCUUGUACACGGCGCCCUUGAAUGUUCCAGACGAGUCGGAUUCCGGCAGCGAGUACAGGAUCUUGGAUCUCGGCUGCGGCACCGGUAUUUGGGCUAUGGAUAUUGCUGACCAGCACCCUCGUGCGUCUGUAUUUGGCGUUGAUUUGAGCCCCAUUCAACCCGAAUGGGUGCCCGGCAACUGCCGCUUCCACGUCGACGACUACGAAGACGACUGGACGUACAGGCCAGACGAGGCGUUCGACUACAUCCACGGGCGUGCCCUCGGCGGUACCGUUGCUGACUGGGGUCGAUUCUAUCGCCAGGUGAGGACGCACCUCAAGCCAGGCGGCUACUGUGAAAUGCAAGAGUACGAUGCCUGGAUCUUCAGCGACGACGACAGCUUCGACAGGGCGCCUUGGACCAAGGAAUGGGUAACCAAGCUGGAUGAUGCCAGCAAGAUGUUUGGCAAGCAAAUCAACGUGGCCAACCGCCACAAGCAAUGGAUGAUCGAUGCGGGCUUUGAAGACGUCCAGGAGAAGGUCAUCAGGCAACUGCAUAUGCAGAUGUCGGUGGCCUCUCACACCCCUGCACUCUUCACCCGCGUGCAUUCAUAUACCGAACAGCAGUGCCAGGUCCUGAUUGAGGGCGUCAAGCGGGAGUUCCGCAAUAGAGAUCUGAGACUGAUCACCAUCUACCGCUUCAUCAGCGGCCGAAGCCCUGGGCCCCCUCCCCCGGAGCUCUGA